AUGUCUACUAACGUCCUUUUGAAGAAGAAGAAGAACAAACCAGUUUUCAUUGGUAAUUCGAACUUGGACUCUUCCACCAUGGUAUCCCAGACAGCAGCCAGACCAGCAGCGAAACGCGAGUUUCCCUACGUUUCAAGUGAAGAUGCAUCUCCUCCAAAGAAACGUCGCGGUGAGAACUCGGCUGACGGAAAGGAGAACAAUGGAGUGGAUAGGCCUUCAGUUGCGGAUGAUUUGGCGGAAAGGCAAUCAGAGCACAGGGAUUCUUUGCUUGCUGGUCGUCAUCGAAACGAACAAGGAAAGCCACCCGAAGCUGGCGUCAUUCGAGAAAUCUAUGUUGAAAACUUUAUGUGCCACAAGAAGCUCAGAGUGCAGUUGUGCCGCAAUGUCAAUUUCAUUCACGGACAAAAUGGUAGUGGAAAGUCAGCAAUCUUGGCUGCAAUUCAAAUCUGUCUCGGAGCAGGAGCUCGAAGAACGCAUAGAGCUCGAAACUUGAAGGACUUGGUGAGAAAGGAUUCGAACUGCAAUGCCGCCAAAGUGCAAGUCACAUUGCUUAAUCGAGGAGAUGAUGCUUAUCAACAUGAACUCUACGGGGACGCAAUCACCGUGGAGCGGACCAUUGCUGUGCGUGGAGGCUACAACGGCUACAAACUAUACAACCACGACAUGGAGGAAAUAUCGAGAAACAAGAAGGAUCUUGAUGAAAUGCUCGACAAAUUGAAUAUCCAGGUGGAAAACCCAUGCGCCAUUCUCGAUCAAGAAGAUGCCAAAAAGUUCUUGACUGGAAAAGCCUCAGACAAGUAUGAAUUCUUCAUGAGGGCCACAGAACUGGAACGCCUCGAUCGCAAGUACGCGGCCACGCUUGACAUGGUUCGAGACCUGGAUAAUCAAUCGACAAGAUUAAACGGUGCCUUGGAGACUUACAUUGAACAGGCGAAUGACGCAAAGAAGCGUCACAAAGAAUUUCAGAAAAUCGAAGAGCUCGAGAACAAGAAGGAGACUUGCGAAGAGUUGUACGCUUGGUCAUUGUACAAUGAUGCCCAUGAGAAGCUCGUUGAAAAGAGAGAGGAACGUGACGCAUUCCAAGCCAAGGCACAGAAGAAAAUUGAAGAGCUCAGCCAGGCUGAAGGGGCAGCACAAGGACCGGAUGAGGAAGAGACUAACCGACGCAACAAUCUGGAUCGUUUGACUAGAGAAGCUGAUGAACAGGCAGGACAAAAGCAAAACCUCGAAGUUGAUCUCAAACGUGCAUCUGAACCAUACAAGGCUCUAUCUCGCCGGCUCAAAGAAACCAGAAAAGAUAUUGGCUCGGCGGAGAGGAGCUUGGCUAGUGCAAAACAGCAGCUCGAAUCGAAGCGUGCCGAAAUCCUCGCGAGAGCCGGAUCCGCAGAGUCAGAAGCUGCAGGAAGGACGAAACGGCUUCAAGAUGCGGAGGCAAGAUUGGCUAAUGCGAAAGAAGAUCGCGAUCGAAUUAGGCAGGCCGUCAGUGACUCCCGGAAAGCUUAUGAUGAAUUGGAGCCACAAGUAGAGCAAGCACGGCAUGAAGUUAGCGCUGGAGAGAAGCGACUCAUGGCACUGAAUUCCCGAAUCAGAGAACUUGAAAAGUCCGGAAAUAGUUCUAUCAACAUUUUUGGACGAAGGUGCGGUGCUGUCCACGACAUGGUACAAAAAGCACGUUUUCAAGGCCCUGUGCUGGGCCCUAUUGGAGCGUUUGUCAAGAUUGCUCCUGGGAAGGAAAUGUAUGCUCCCUUGGCCGAGCUUGCGAUUGGAUCUGGUAUGCUGGAUCGUUUUAUCGUCACGAAUGACAAUGAUAGAAAGAUUCUACAGGGCAUUCGUCGCAAAAUUGGCUGCCAGCAUGACUGCGGAAUUCUUCAAAUCCAUCCACAUGCUAAAUACAGCGUCCAGCCACCACCAGUCGAUGGAAUUGAUACAGUUGCAAGCGUGCUUCAGAUUUCCAAUGACCUUGUAUACAACAGUUUGGUUGAUUACUGCAAGAUUGAAGAGAAGGCGCUCUCUAAGUCCAAGAAAGAAAGUGAAGAUCUCCUUCUUCACCGAGGAAAUGACGGCAGACUAGCAGUUCGUGGACGUAUCAAAACAGUUUUUUUCUUGCCCAAAGGAGACAGCUGGAACGUCAAGAAUGGCACUUUGGGUAUGAGUUCAAACGAGAAGCAACUCCGUCAAACAAUUGGUGUCGACAAAUCAAAAGCAAUUGCUGAGACAAGAAAUGAGAUGCAGGCUGUUCAGCAUGAAGUCAACCAGCACCGCCGCGAGGACAAUCGAUUGAAUCAUGAGCACACCGAAAGCAUGAAGGAAUGGAACAAAGGCAAGGGACAACUUCGCAAGGUCGAAAAGGAGCUCGACAAGGCGCGAAGAGAUAUUGAAUCGUUGCAAGAAGAUGAGAUCCAAGCGUCAAACUUUGACACCGAUACUUCCGAGCAUGAGCAAUUGGUAACUGAUGAGCAGGCGACUGUGGAUGCACUGAAAGAUAAUGAGGUUGCAUUGAUUGAUCAAUUGCAGGGACUUGAACCUGGAAUCGAAGAGCUCAAGUCAAAACUAAAUGAAACGAAGGCGAGAAACGAAAGGGUGAUGCAGGAUAUGACUGCAGCCGAGGAGGAUCUUGCAAAUUACAUCCAACAUCUUUCGCAGCGCCAAGAAAAGCUAGAGAAGAAAAGGAACAAGGUCAAGCAGUACGAAGAGAUUAUUGAGAAGAAAAAUAUACAGAUCAACGAGAGUGAUGAUCAAGCUAAGAGUUAUCUUCUCACUGCAAAGACACUUGCGUUUCACAGACAAAAAAAAGACAGUCUUGAUGAAGCCGCUGCCGAUUCGGAAUGGUCACAGGAGCCAACCCAUGCAGAUCUUGAGGGCAUUGAAAGGCCCGAUCAAUCUCAGAUGAAGAAAGAUCCCAAGUACUAUAAGACUCGAUUGGAGCGACUAAAGGAGCGACUGCAAACUGAAAGAGAACGCCGUAAUGCUAUGAAUGAAGAUCCCAUUGAAGCGUACGAAAAGUAUAUCCGAGCGCAAAAGCUGUUAGAGAGCAAAAUGGAGCAAAUCAAGGAGAUCGACGAGACGAGCAAGAAUCUGAAGAGUGACUGGAACAAGCGAAAGCAGCGUUGGAGACAGUUUCGACAGCAUAUUGCACUUACCACCGAUGGAAAGUUCAAUGAAAUUCUCAACGACAAAGGAUCGUCAGGGACAGUCGAGUUCAAUCACAAGGAUGCUACUUUGAAUCUCUGUGUGCAGAAGGAUGCAACUGAUGCGAACAGUCAGCAGAAAGAUGUCAAAGCCCUAAGCGGCGGAGAACGUUCGUACACUACAAUCGCGCUUUUGCUGGCCCUGGGCGAGAGUCUUGAAACGCCUUUCCGUGUCCUGGACGAAUUCGAUGUAUUCUUGGAUCCUGUAACUCGAAAGACAGUCAUCGACACUUUGAUUCUCAUGGCCAAGAAGAUGAAUCACCGACAGUUCAUUUUCAUUACCCCACAGGACGUUUCGAAUGUUGAUGCCGAUCCUAUGCUCAAAAUUAUCAAGAUGACGCCACCUACUCGCAGAGAUGUUGCUGGGGCUCCAAUCCAGCAGGUUUUGGAGUUUUCGCAGAAUUGA